AUGAAAAACCCUCCAAUACACUAUCUUGCGAUUCUUGUGUUACUCUUGGGCGGCGGACCAUAUUCGUCUUAUGCCUCUGACGACAAACACAAGCCAAAGACGAUCAAGGGGGCUGAAAGCAGCCAACAAGAAUCAGAAAGGCAAUUAUUUUUUGAAGACGGAGAUGAAGGACCAGUGAGGAAAGAUAUCCCUUUGGUUUCGAAGGACGACAUGAGAUUACCAUUCUUUUCGGAAUGGAGAGACAGGGUCAAUCCACCAUCUGAAUCUGCACCAGUAACGGUCGGCGUUUCCAACAUUCCCAGUGAAAGCCCUAGCUCACUGCCAUCAGCAGCAACGGGCGCCGUUUCCAACGUUCCCAGUGAAAGCCCUAGCUCGCUACCUUCGGAUGCUCCCACUGAUAGCCCAAGUUCACAACCUUCGAAUGCUUCCUCUGUAUCAAAUGUUCCAACCGGAGCUCCUAGCCCGUCACCCCCAACAGCAGAACCUACCCGAACAGCUGAUCGACCCUUGAAGUGUGUGCAAUCCAGAAACGGAAGUGGACUGACGAUUGAACACUCGACACGAUUUUACGCAGGCGACGUUCACUGCCUGUCACGAAACAAUCAAGAAGCAUAUUUUGGAUAUACUUGGACUAACCAGUUUGGCUUGUUUGUAAACGGCCAAAGUGUAUGGGAAAUUCCACAAAAAGAUCUAGGAGCAUCCGUUUUUCGAUGGACCUUCCAAAGGGACGGAAAUCUGGUUCUGCGAAGUCAGAAUGAUCAAGUAGUUUGGACUUCAGCGUCAUGUUGUUCGAGCGACAGCCAACUCAGGGUGUCGAUGGAACGAGUCUGGAUUGAAAGCAGAUCGGGAUCACAACCAUUUUACAUGACACCACCCCCAACCCAACCACCACCUCCCACUCGGCCUCCCACCCGACGGCCCACUUCAAGACCUCAGCCAAAUCCUACCCCACGACCAAAUCCAGUUUCGAAUCCACCACCAAGAGACUCUGCUGUCAGUUAUGUUCCUGGGAAAUUGACCAGAAACCAAAAUGGAUUGCUUUUAAGUCGGGGAUUAAGAAGUCGGAUUAUCGCGAGAACCAAUGAUAGAGUACGCUUGGCCAAUGGCUCCAAUUCGAGGGACAGAUUUCACGGAGAACCAGAUGGUGCAGCUGUCUUUCCCGAUAGCAAUGGUGGAUGGAUCUAUGUCAGCAAUUCGGAGGAAAACGGAGGACGUGGUGGGGUUGGUGCCAUCUACUUUAACCGAAAUGGAGAUGUUGUCGACUACAAAAUGCUCUUGCGGGGAACCACCCGCAACUGUUCCGGUGGAAAAACUCCAUGGAAUACGUGGGUAUCGUGUGAAGAACAUCGAGGUGGAAAGAUUUGGCAGGUCGAUCCAAAAGGCAAACGGUCUCCACAAAAGACAUCCAUGAGCCCAGAUACAGGAGACUUUGAGGCAUUUGCCUACGACGUUCGCAAUCGCAGCAAACCUCGUUUCUUCGUCACUGAAGACAACAAUAGAGGUGCGCUGCGUCGGUUCACUCCCUCCAAUCCCAACUGGAACGACCCGUGGAAUAUGCUGCAUGGAUCGGGUGCCCUUGAUUAUCUUGUGCUGCAACCUCGAAAUGGAAAUAAAAAUGAUGGAACGUACUAUUGGACAAGAGAUCGCGGCCAUGCCGAAGGGAAUGCCGAAUCCUUUUAUCAUUUUUCGGAAGGUCUGGAUGUACACAACAAUGAACUGUACUUCACUUCCAAGACGCUCAAGUCCCUGUUCGUAUUGAAUUUGGAUGGUGAUACCUAUAGACGCUUUUCUACGGAUAGAGGUCUCUUUGAUGGACAACCAGAUCAAAUGCAGCGACUGAUCAAGGGUUCCAAUUCCCUUUUAUAUUUCUGUGAAGAUGGCGGAAAGGAGGCUGGCAUCCAUGCACGUGAUCGCAACGGGUGGUUCUAUACUAUACUCGAAGCUGCAAUGGACAAUCGAGAAACUUCAGGGUUAGCCUUUUCUCCCGACGGAAAACACAUGUACUUUUCCUAUCAAAUGAGAGGGAUCAUCUUCGAUGUCUGGCGGGAAGAUGGACUGCCAUUCUACGGCAAGACACUUGAUGUCCAUUAUCACGAGAAAUGA